GGCGUUGUUCUGUGGUGGGAGAGACCUGAGUUAGUUUAUCUUAUUCACUGCCAUUUAUUCAGUUAUUUGGGCAACAUUAGCCACGACAACAUGGCGACCUUGGAUCAGAAAUCCCCCAAUGUGCUUCUCCAGAGCCUCUGCUGCAGAAUCACGGGCAAAAGCGAAGCUGAAGUGGCCCACCAGUUCCAGUACGCCGUGCGUGUCAUUGGCAGUAACUACGCCCCCACUAUUGAGCGGGACGAGUUCCUGGUGUCGGAGAAGAUCAAGAAAGAAUUGCUGAAGCAGAGGAGAGAAGCCGACGCUGCACUGUUCUCAGAGCUGCAUCGAAAACUUCAGACGCAGAGUGUUCUGAAGCAUCGCUGGUCAGUUCUCUACCUGCUGCUCAGCCUCUCUGAAGACCCCCGCAAACCGUCCGGCAGGGUUGGAAACUAUGGAGCUCUCUUCGCCCAGGCCCUCCCGAGGGACGCCCACUCCACCCCCUUCUACUGCACCCGGCCCCAGAGCCUGGCCCUGGGCUACGGGGAGAGGAGCGCCGGCCUGUCAGCCAGCGUGGGGACCAGCGGCAUCUCCAGUCUGGGAGUCUACACUCUGAACGGGCCUACGGCUACGCCGCAGUCUCUGCUGGCCAGUCAACCCCCUCAGUCUGCAGCAGGAGGCGGUCAGCCUCUGGGCGCUCGGCUGGCCUGGGCUCUUCCCGUGAGCUGCUCCCCCUCCUCCACUCUGGCCACGCUCACCUCUCGACCGCCCCUCGGACCUCCAGUCCCCUCCUCCAGAGCGACCCGUCCUCGCCGAGACGGGGAGGUGAGCGAGGCGGCGCUGGUGCGGGACAUCCUCUACGUCUUCCAGGGAAUCGAUGGCAAGUUCAUCAAGAUGAGCGCCCAGGAGAACUGCUACAAAAUAGACAGCAAGGUGGUGCUGUGCAAGUCCCUGAGAGACACCAGCAGCAGACUGGCCGAGCUCGGCUGGCUCCACAACAAAGUCAGGAAGUACACCGACGUCCGGAGCCUGGACCGGGCCUUCGGACUGGUCGGACAGAGCUUCUGUGCCGCGCUCCACCAGGAGCUGAAGGAGUACUACAGGCUGCUGUCUGUCCUCCACUCCCAGUUGCAGGUGGAGGAUGAGCAGGGUGUGGUCGUGUGCACAGAGAGCAGUCUGACUCUCAGAAGGCUGCUGGUCUGGAUGUACGACCCCAAAGUCCGACUCAAAACGCUGGCCGCCCUCGUCGACUUCUGCCAAGGUCGGAAAGGGGGCGAGCUGGCCUCCGCCGUCCACUCUUACGGGAAAACUGGGGACCCGCAGAUGAGAGCGCUGGUUCAGCACAUCCUCAGCCUGGUGUCGCACCCCAUCCUCAACUUCCUCUACAGGUGGAUCUACGACGGAGAGCUAGAAGACACCUACCACGAGUUCUUUGUAGCAUCAGAUCCCAACGUGAAGACAGAUCGCCUUUGGCACGACAAGUACUCCCUCAGGAAGUCAAUGAUCCCCUCGUUCAUCACCAUGGACCAGGCCCGCAAGGUUCUGCUCAUCGGUAAAUCCAUCAACUUCCUGCAUCAGGUUUGUCACGACAGAACACCGCCGAGCAAAAUCACGCCAGCAUCCACGUCUGCAGACACGUCCAAAGACGCUGCAGAGCUGCUGUCAGACCUGGAGGGGGCGUUUCAGCAGAAGAUCGACGCCGCCUACUUCGACACCAGCAAAUACCUGCUGGACGUUCUCAACCGCAACUACCUGCUGCUGGAGCAUCUGCAGGCCAUGAGGAGAUACCUGCUGCUGGGCCAGGGGGACUUCAUCAGACACCUCAUGGACCUGCUAAAACCAGAGUUGGUGCGUCCCGCCACCACUUUGUAUCAACACAACCUGACUGGCAUCUUGGAGACGGCAGUCAGAGCCACAAACGCCCAGUACGACAACGCAGAGAUCCUCAAGAGGCUGGACGUACGCCUGCUAGAGGUGUCUCCUGGUGAUACAGGCUGGGAUGUUUUCAGUCUGGACUACCACGUUGAUGGACCCAUUGCUACGGUAAUACACACACACAUCCCAACACACAAGAAGAGGGUUUGCAGUGAGAAAAACCAGUCACACAACCUGUAGUAUAUUCUUAAAGAUGUGUUUAAAGGGCAAGCUUGUCUUUUCUCUGUGCUUUUUACUCCAGAGUUGUCCGGCGUGCUGCAUCAGUGUCACAUCCUGGCCUCCGAGAUGGUCCACUUCAUCCACCAAAUGCAGUACUACAUCACCUUUGAGGUGCUGGAGUGCUCCUGGGACGAGCUGUGGAACAGAGUGCAGCAGGCUCAGGACCUCGACCACAUCAUCGCCGCCCACGACAUCUUCCUCGACAGCGUCAUCUCAAGAUGCCUGCUGGACAACAACAGCAGGUCUCUUUUGAACCAGCUGAGGGCCAUAUUUGACCAGAUCAUCGAGUUUCAGAGCGCCCAGGACUCCCUCUACCGCUUGGCGCUGGAGGAGCUUGCCCUCCGGCUGCAGUUCGAAGAGAGGAAGCAACAGCGGGAGGAGGAGGGUCAGUGGGGAGUGACGGCCGAACAGGAAGCGGAGGAGAAGAAGAGGAUUCAGGAGUUCCAGGAAACCAUACCAAAGAUGCGCUCCCAGUUCCGCAUCCUCACCCACUUCUACCAGAGCAUUGUCCAGCAGUUCCUGGUGUUGCUGAUGACCAGUACGGAUGAGAGUCUGCGUUUCCUCAGCUUCAGACUGGACUUCAACGAGCACUACAGGGCCAGAGAGCCGAGGCUGCGAGCCUCACUCGGCACCAACCGAGGGCGACGGCCGUCAAACAUCUGACGUGACGAUGGCAUCAACAAGCGGGGCUUCCUGUCGUCGGAGCAUUUGGGGAUGACAUCACAGAGACGGGGCCGGCCAGCGGACUUGAAGCGCCUCAUGUCGAGAUGAUGUCAUGCCUUGGAGGAGCGACCCGGCACCUUUCUGGACGCUCUGGUGGUCGCCAAGUGAUGACAUCACAGCAGACGGAUCCCUGCGUCGGAUCGCGAAGGAAUAACGUCCAGAAAAUCGAAACUUUCGGAGCUUGACAUGCAGAGCCAACGGCGUAAAAAAAAAAAAGAAGGGCUGCUGGGAAACUUGAGUGUGAGGAGGUAAACAGAAGCAGACUGAGCUCCCCGAGUCUCACAGGGCCACCUUCCAUGGCAUGCCUUAUUAAAGAGAGACAAACAAAAAGACUUUGUCUCAGCGUGGUUGCCAAAUCUAGUCCCAACACACAUAACGUAUGUACAUAGAGUUUAUGCAAAAAUGUAAGUAUGUGUAUAUAUAAUAUGCAUCUAUACACGUCACCCAUGGCUUUGCGUCUUCUCACUAGGGUUCAACCGAUAUGGGUCUGAUAUUGAUAUUUUUUCAAUUUUGUAUUCGUAGCCGUCAUUAAAACGAUUAAAUUUGAGCACUUUUAGUACAAUUCUUCCUCGAGACACUGUGUUUCUGCUGUGGAUUCGUCCUCUGGUCAGUAUUGGCUCACCAGUAUAUCGGUCUAACCCUAGAUCUCCACUCUCCUGCUUAAAAUCCAGGGUUUUAUCUUUAGCGUGUCAGGUCAGCUGUCCAAUCACACGCUGACAAUUCUGCUUCCACUGACAUGAAGACAUGUGGCUCAUACAGACAGAAGAAGCCCCUCUGAGGACUGAGAACUGACUACUGUAGGUUUCCACUGCUCAGUGUACUUCUGUCUGUAUGAGAGACGGAUCAUGUCAAAGACACAAUCCUCACAACAACCACAACAACCUCUUCUCAUUACAUAAACUAUAUAAAUGUUCACGUUACGUUAAAAUAUGUAAAUAUCCUGAAAUGAAAGUCCAUAUUUAAAGAAGUUAAUGGUUAUAAAUGUCAACUUGGGCAGUUUAUUUUCUGAAAACCAGUAUAUCUGACUAAAGAAGAGUGUUAGUGUUCAUAUGUGAGGUUUGAGAUGAAGAUGCUGACGUUAUCUGUGGUUCAAUAUCAGCUUAUUCACUUUUUUACGGAUAUGGUUAAUGGAGUAUAAUCGAUUAGAAGAAGCAUCUGGACCAGAACUUUAAACUGAACGUCCUUUGUGUAGAAAUGUUUCACGGGGAAAUAUUAAACAAACUACAUUUCAGUGUUUGGAGCUAAAAACACGAUUUUCACCGAGCAGCAGAUGUCCUUUGACAUCAGCCCUGGAGUCACUGACUCUAAACCAUCCACCGGGUUUGUUACUUUUAUUGUCAAUGAAACAAGCCGCUGCUGCAUAUGGUCAUAUUAGCUGCUCUCUGCUGAUGAGUUCACACACACAAACUGAACCUGGGUCAGCACUCCUGCACCAUCUGUCCUCUACAUUGUACAGCACAUAAUGUAUAGAAUCAAGGGAAACGAACCAUCCCGUUCCCCUUUAAUAAAAUGUUUUUUAAUUCA